AUGGCUGACGGUGUUUUCCAAGGUGCUAUUGGUAUCGAUUUAGGUACUACUUAUUCAUGUGUUGCUACUUAUGAUUCAGCUGUUGAAAUCAUUGCUAAUGAACAAGGUAACAGAGUUACUCCAUCAUUCGUUGCUUUUAACGAUGAAGAAAGAUUAAUUGGUGAUGCCGCUAAAAAUCAAGCUGCUUUAAACCCAAAGAACACUGUUUUCGAUGCUAAAAGAUUAAUCGGUAGAGCUUUUGAAGAUGAAUCUGUUCAAAAAGAUAUCAAAUCAUGGCCAUUCACCGUUGUUAACUCCAACGGUAACCCAUUAAUUGAAGUUUCAUACUUAGGUGAAAACAAAACUUUCUCCCCACAAGAAAUUUCAUCAAUGGUUUUAACUAAAAUGAAAGAAAUUGCUGAAGCUAAAAUUGGUAAAAAAGUUGAAAAAGCUGUUAUUACUGUCCCAGCUUAUUUCAAUGAUGCUCAAAGACAAGCUACCAAAGAUGCUGGUUCAAUUUCCGGUUUAAACGUUUUAAGAAUCAUUAACGAACCAACCGCUGCUGCUAUUGCUUACGGUUUAGGUGCCGGUAAAUCUGAAAAAGAAAGACAUGUUUUAAUUUUCGAUUUAGGUGGUGGUACUUUCGAUGUUUCAUUAUUAAACAUUACUGGAGGUGUUUUCACUGUUAAAGCUACUGCUGGUGAUACUCAUUUAGGUGGUCAAGAUUUCGAUACCAACUUAUUAGAACACUUCAAAAAAGAAUUCCAAAAGAAAACUGGUUUAGAUAUUUCCGGUGAUUCAAGAGCUUUAAGAAGAUUAAGAACUGCUUGUGAAAGAGCUAAGAGAACUUUAUCUUCAGUUACUCAAACUACCGUUGAAGUUGAUUCAUUAUUCGAUGGUGAAGAUUUCUCCGCUAACAUUACCAGAGCUAGAUUCGAAGAUAUUAACUCAGCUUUAUUCAAAUCUACUUUAUCUCCAGUUGAACAAGUCUUAAAAGAUGCUGCUAUUGACAAAUCUAAAGUUGAUGAAGUUGUCUUAGUCGGUGGUUCUACCAGAAUUCCAAAAGUUCAAAAAUUAUUAUCAGAUUUCUUUGAUGGUAAACAAUUAGAAAAAUCUAUUAACCCUGAUGAAGCUGUUGCUUACGGUGCUGCUGUUCAAGGUGCUAUCUUAACCGGUCAAUCAACCAACGAAGAUACCAAAGAUUUAUUAUUAUUAGAUGUUAUCCCAUUAUCUUUAGGGGUUGCUAUGCAAGGUAAUGUUUUCGCUCCAGUUGUUCCAAGAAACACCACUGUUCCAACUAUUAAAAGAAGAACUUUCACCACUGUUGCUGAUCACCAAACCACCGUUCAAUUCCCAGUUUACCAAGGUGAACGUGUUAACUGUUCAGAAAACACUUUAUUAGGUGAAUUCGAUUUAAAGAACAUCCCACCAAUGCAAGCUGGUGAACCAGUCUUAGAAGCUAUCUUUGAAGUUGAUGCUAAUGGUAUCUUAAAAGUUACUGCUGUUGAAAAAUCAACCGGUAGAUCUGCUAACAUUACCAUUUCUAACUCUAUUGGUAGAUUAUCAUCCGAUGAAAUCGAAAAAAUGAUUGAAGAUGCUGAAAAAUUCAAAUCUUCCGAUGAUGCUUUCGCCAAGAGACACGAACAAAAACAAAAAUUAGAAGCUUACGUUGCUUCUGUUGAAUCAACCAUCACUGAUCCAGUCUUAUCAUCUAAAUUAAAGAAAUCUGCUAAAGAUAAGAUCGAAACCGCUUUAUCAGAAGCUUUAGCUGCUUUAGAAGUUGAAGAUUCAUCCGCUGAUGAUUUCAGAAAAGCUGAAUUAUCCUUAAAGAGAGCUGUCACUAAAGGUAUGUCAACUCGUUAA